GUUGUCAUAAACGAUCUCUCGCCAUGCCAUACGUUCUCUGCUUUCCUUCCUUAAUUCAAGCAUUCAACACAAAGCCAAACCCUUUUCCUCUUUCUCCUUUCUCACAAAUCCUAAUUGCCCGAACAAUGAGGUGAGAGAAAAAGAGAAAGGUACGCUAUAAUGGGUAAAAAAAGGUACAAAUUUUAUGAAAAAAUCCCCUGCUGCCUCCUCUUCUUCCUCCUCAUAGCGGUUGCCUCACCUAAUGAGUUAUCCACAGUCGUCCGUGAUGGUUCUGCCAAUGAUGCAUCUAUUAUGGCUAAAUUGGCUAAGUCUCUUAUACCAACACCACCUGGCUGGUCAGGUUCCAACGUAUGUAAAUGGUCAGGCGUCUCCUGUGACUUUUCAGGCAGAGUUUCUUCAAUUAGCCUCAUAUCAAAAUCUUUGGGAGGCCAAUUACCACCAGAUCUUAAUCAACUUUCUAAUCUUCAAACCCUUAAUAUCCAAAAGAACCGCAUUUCGGGUUCCUUACCUUCUUUAUCAGACCUUCAUUCUCUUCAAGAUGUUCAUCUUGAUUCCAAUAAUUUUACAUCCGUUCCUCCUAAUUUCCUUUCCGGACUAACAAAUUUACAGAAGUUUAGCAUUGAUGACAAUCCUAGUCUUCCUCCAUGGAAAAUUCCUGAUAGUUUGACGGACUCAACAUCCUUGGCUGAUUUUUCAGCAUCCAAUGCUAAUAUAUAUGGUCAAAUUCCAGACAUUUUUGGGUCAUUCCCUAGUAUGGAGAAUCUUAGGCUUUCGUAUAAUAAUAUUACGGGGUUCUUGCCGUAUUCUUUCGCUAAGUCUGGGAUUCAAAACUUGGUACUUAAUAAUCAAAAGCUUGGGCUUUCAGGAAGGAUUGAUGUUCUUGGUUCUAUGGAACAGUUAACUCAGGUUUGGAUCCAUGUUAAUAAGUUUACAGGGCCAAUUCCUGAUCUUUCUCUUUGUACUAAUUUGGUGGAUAUUCAGCUUCGUGAUAAUAGUUUAACUGGAGCUAUUCCUGCUUCUCUGAUUUCCCUUCCUAAGCUGGCUAAUGUGUCUUUGCAAAAUAACAUAUUUUUAGGCCCAAUUCCAGGUUUCAAACCAAAUGUCCAAGUCACCCUUGGAAACACAAACCAUUUUUGUAAUCCUUUUCUAGGGCCAUGUGAUCCACAGGUAACUGUACUGCUUGAUGUUGCUGGAGCCGUGGGCUGUCCGAUGACACUAGCCGAGUCUUGGGCAGGGAACAAUCCUUGUAAAGGUUGGAACUAUAUUACAUGUGAUGCUAAGGGAAGUGUGACUGUAAUCAAUUUUGCAAAACAGAAUUGGGUUGGUACAAUAUCUCCUGUUGUUGCUAAUCUCACCAGUCUGAAAUCAUUGGUCAUGAAUGAUAAUAAUCUCACAGGUCCUAUUCCAGUCAGCCUCACCAGUUUACUAGAGCUGCAGCUUGUCGAUGUUUCCAACAACAAUAUUUCUGGCAAGAUCCCAAAAUUUCGUUCAGAUGUCAUUGUGAAAACAUCUGGUAAUCCAUUUAUGGGGAAAGAUUUUCCCCCAAGUGCUCCACCUGGUGGAAGACCAAGUCUAAGUUCGUCUGGUGGGAUAGAUAAUAAUUCACUUUCUGCUGCAAAAGAUGCACAACAUAAAUCUUCCAUCUCUACAUGGGUCAUUGUUGCUAUUGUUAUUGUUGUUGUUGUCUUAAUCAUAGUUUUGUGCUUGGUGAUAUAUAAAUACAAGCGUAAUGGAAAAUCAAAAUUGAGUAAAGGCAAGGAGAAAAAAUUGAAGAAUGGUUCCCCUAAAAACGUGAAGGGUUAUGGUGCAAUUCCAAGCACGGCCAGUCAAAGUAGUACUUCAAAUAGUGAAAUAUAUGUAUAUGAUGGUGGCAAUGUAACUAUUCCAGUGGAACUUCUGCGAGAGGUGACAAACAAUUUCAACGAAGAAAAUAUAUUGGGAUGUGGUGGCUUUGGGAUUGUUUAUAAAGGUAAACUCCAUGAUGGGACAGAGAUUGCUGUGAAGAGGAUGGAAGCUUCUAUAGCGAGUAACAAGGGUCUGAACGAAUUUAGAGCUGAAAUCGAGGUACUCACAAAGGUUAGGCACAGACACUUAGUGGCACUUCAUGGCUUUUGUGUCAAUGGAUAUGAGAGGCUUUUAGUAUAUGAGUACAUGCCACAAGGGACGUUAGGCCAGCACUUGUUCGAUCAUGAUCAAUUAGGAUUUCUACCUCUCACUUGGAAGCAAAGAUUAACAAUAGCACUGGACGUUGCCAGAGGGGUAGAGUAUCUGCAUGGUUUGGCACAACAGAGCUUCAUACAUAGAGAUCUAAAGCCUUCUAACGUACUUCUUGGAGAUGACAUGAGGGCUAAGGUCUCCGAUUUUGGAUUAGUUAAAAAUGCACCUGAUGGCAAGUACUCUGUGGAGACGAGGCUAGCAGGAACGUUUGGGUAUCUUGCACCAGAGUACGCUUCCACUGGAAGAGUAACUACGAAGAUUGAUGUCUUCGCCUUUGGAGUGAUAUUGAUGGAGAUACUCACGGGCAGAAAAGCACUUGACGAGAACUUGCCAGAAGAGAGAAGUCAUUUAGUGGCUUGGUUUAAAAAGAUGGUUGUAAACAAAGAGAAGAUUGUAGAAGUGCUAGACCAGACCCUGGAUCCAGACGAGGAAAAUUACCAGAGCAUAUACAAAGUAGCAGAGCUAGCAGGACAUUGCACAGCUAGGGAACCAUCUCAAAGACCAGAUAUGAGCCAUGCGGUAAAUGUCUUAGCUCCUUUGGUAGAGCAAUGGACUCCCACUGCCACUGCUGGAGAUGAUAGUUUCAAUAUUGACUUCACUAUGAGCCUUCCUCAAGCCCUGCAAAAAUGGAAAGCUAAUGAUGAUUCCAUGCUCUCUGAAGACACGUCUUAUGGUGACUAUACCACAUCCUCAAGGACUUCACAGUCCAUAACAACAAUCAGGAAGGUGGCAGAGACAGACAAAAACACAUUUAGUUAUACAAAGGAACACCAGUGAGUAAUGUAAAAAUACUUAAGUUGUGACGAAAAGACGUGUAUAUUAAUGUUAAGGAACUGAUAACAUAGAUAUGCACCUUUCUGUCUCAUUUUCCACUCUCUCUUUUUCUUUUUUUUUUAUAUAUGAUUAUUG